CAUAUCGAUGAUUUAAAAAAAAAAAAAUAAUGCAAAACUUUGACAGGAUCCAGAUAUUUCUGCGGUUCUUUUUUCUUUACUUAAAUGGAGAAUUUUACACGGCUGUUCUUUCGAAGGUGGAAUAAUGUGACAUACCUGGCACUUAAACAAUCACUUAAUCAAUAUGACUAUUCUGUAUUUGGUGUUUCCGGACAGAGUCUGCAGAUUUUAGCAAUCUAUGUAAGAUGUAAAGCAGUAUGAGGAAUGUUUCUCUCAAAAUUUGAGGAUUUUGAUUUCUGAGUGAUCAAAAUGGAGAAUUCUAACAGCUAUUUUAAGACGACUUUGCGGGGCCCGACCUUCACCCGUAGCAUGGAUCUGAUGGGGAGUAAAGUCAGUCUGAAGUUCAAAUAUAACUUCACAUCGUCUUCUACCACCACCGUCUAUAACCAAAGAUCGAUGGGGAACUCCAGUAGAAAGUCUCUCUCUGGGUUGGUUCCUGUCCCUCCUGAUGAGCCUCGUCCCGAGGACCUGCCGAGGGUAUCAACCAAUCGUAAUAGCUGUCCUCAGUUUGUGCCAUACUCUGACGAUGAGGAGGAGGAGGAAGAUGAUGAAGAAGAGGAAUUCUUUGAUGCCAGUGAAAAUUUUCCUCCUGUCCAGCCUCCACCUCAGCCACCUGCUAUGAUAGAUGCAAGUAUCGUGGCUAAACUUGUGAAGGAAGUUGAAGAACUGCUGCAUCAUGUGACCACAGAAAACUUUCAGGCAGCAUCUGACACAGCCAGAGUACUGCAACAAGCCGAUUUAGGAAAUUUAACUCGGAGACUUUCAGUAGAAAGCACUUCUAGCUCACAAUUACAAGGUAAUAUAAGACAGACUAAUCAGUCAGAGAGAUUGCCAAAGAUUGGAGAGAACAACAUCCCCUCUCCUGACAACAGGUACAGCAAUGCUGCUUACAGUGGGUCCACUGCCGAUGUCCGGAAAUCUGCCAACUCUACGAAAAACUCUGAAAUCAAGAAAUCCAACAGUGCUAAGCAAGUAUUCCCCCCACAGGUUGGAGAUUCACCAGAAAUUGCUGGAUAUUUGAAAUCAGAUGAAAAGCCAUUUCGCUUGCCACCCAUUAGAGAUGGGAGUUCACAGAUUCCGGGUAACUCAAACUCUUUAUAUCCCAGUAUCUCAAACGACCUUCAGAAUGGUGAUGGUAACCUUGCAUGGGAGGUGGAUGUCUCUGACCUACUUCCAAAUGGCAGGACAGCCAAAAGACCUGUCCUCACUAGUCAGCUACAACCAAAGGAAACAGAUGAAUCUUAUGAGAGUUUCGUCCCUCCCAAAGUGACGGCCACAGCUGCCGAAAUCUCAUCUAGAAAAGUGCUGGACCAGAAAAGAUGGAACUGUGUCAGUAGACCUCAGUACAGUAAGUCCUGUGGGAUUACCUCCCUUGUGUCGUGCUGGAAUUUCCUCUUUAGUACCCUGGGCAAUGGAAAUCUCAAUCCUAUAACUCAGGAGGAAGCCUUGACAAUCCUGGGAUUCAAGCCUCCAUUUGGGGAGAUUCGAUUCGGACCAUUUACUGGCAACGCUACUCUUUUUAGAUGGUUCAGGGUAUUAAAUGACCAUUUCAAGGUCAGGGGUCGAGCUUACUUUAUGUAUAAAAGUCAUGGAAAGAACAAGACCUAUGGCACCUCCCCAGAGGAGGCCCUAGGGCACCUCAAAAAGGGACUACAGGACCCCUCUACUGCCUUCAUCUACCACUGCCAAAAUCACUACUUCUGUCCUAUAGGAUUCGAGGAUACUCCAGUGAAAUGUACAGAAGCUUAUGGGGGUGGACUAUCACAAGAGGACCUGAAUACCUGGGUCCUCAUAGGAGAUCCUGCUAGUGGACAUCCAGCCAUGCACUGUAAAAGAUGGACAGACAUUGUGACAGACAUAGGCUGUGUCAAUCCGGAAUUCCUGGACAUUCGCAGACUAGAGAAAGGCAUGCAGCGCCGAAAAGCCAAGAAAAUCGGAGGGAACUUACACUGCAUCAUGUCAUUUACAAAAUGUAAAUUCCAGAGCAUAAAAACUUAUAGAACUCAGAUCCCAGUGCCUGGUGGAAGAGGAGGAGUGAAGGACACUGCUCGAUUAAAAAUGACAAACUUUAAAGAAGGGGAUUCCAGUACUCUGCAGAACGUGGAAAGUGGAGAAGGGAGUGUUCAAGUGGCUGAACCGGAAGCUCAAGAAAACAUGGAAUUUUAUCUGGACAACAAGCAGGAGAACGAGAAACAAACUGUUAAUAAAGAAGAAGAUGUUGAAGAAGAUGAGGAGGUGGAAGACCUGGAUACAGAGAAUGAUUCUUCAGAAAAUAAUGUGUGAAGAAGAAAUUGUGGGAAUAAUAACUUUUAGAGGAAGUCUUGUAUUCAGUGGAAAUCCUCCAAACACCAGAAUACCUCAUGUCUUCAUUAUGAAAUUUGUAUUUCCUAUUUAUUUCGAUAAUUUAAAAUAGGAAAUACUGAAAUGCCUGUAUUUUAAAAUGGUCUGGUGUUGUGAGUGGAUUUGCACUGAUGCAGUUUAUCAGCAUUAAUUUAAAAAAGUUUUGUUAUGGAGAUGCAGGAGCUAUCUGUGAUGUACCUGUAUUUUAGUCAGUUUUGCUUGUGCCAUGAGGUUUCCAAUAAUAAUAUUGGUGUUAUUUAUGACAAGAGCUCUUUGAUUACAUGCUUAUUACAUUAAUUACUGGUAUUUAUACAGGUUCUGGAGGUUUAUGAAUGCUUCACAAUGUAUUACACUCCCAACAUGAAUUAGGUUUACUGUUUAGCUCCAGAUUCUUUUUGAUUUUAAUUUGAAAUAAAAAAAAAAUGUUUUAUUUUAUUUGUG